ACGCUUGCAGGAGGAUUGUGCGGAGGUAAUAAUCAUCACUGGAAGCAGGUUCAACAAACAAACAAACAUGGCAGAGGCAUGUGAUGGGUAUCCUACUGUUGUUCCCCCGAACUUCGGUGAUGGGUCUCCGACUGGAGUUUUUUGUGACCAGCCAACAUCAGGCAGAGCGAGAUUGGUCAGACAACCGAAAUCAAACACCAAUGAGAAGCCCUACAUGUGUAGGGAGUGUGGGUACAGAGCAGCUGUGAAGUCUCAUUUAUCCCAACACAUGAGAACACACACAGGGGACAAACCAUUCAAGUGUGACCAGUGUGACUAUUCUGCUGCACAAAAAUCCAGUUUGGACCUACAUCUAGCCAAACACACUGGUGAUAAGCCCUACAUGUGUGGGGAGUGUGGGUACAGAACGGCUAAGAGGUCUCAUUUAGCCAACCAUAUGAGAACUCAUACAGGGGACAAACCAUUCAAGUGUGACCAGUGUGACUAUUCUACUGCAUAUAAACCCAACUUGGACAGACAUCUAUCCAAGCACACUGGUGAUAAGCCUUACAUGUGUGAGGAGUGUGGCUACAGGGCAGCUGAGAAGUCUGCCUUAGUGAAACAUGUGAGAACGCACACAGGCGAAAAGCCCUACAAGUGUGACCAGUGUUACUAUUCUGCUGCACAAAGAUGCAGUUUGGACCAACAUCUAGCCCAUCACACUGGUGAUAAGCCCUACAUGUGUGGGGAGUGUGGGUACAGGACAGCUAAGAAGUCUUACCUAUCCCGACAUAUGAGAAGUCAUACUGGUGACAAACCCUACAAAUGUGACCAGUGUGACUAUUCUGCAGCUGAAAAGUCUACCCUAUCCAAUCAUAUGAGAACCCAUACAGGAGAGAAACCCUACAAGUGUGACCAGUGUGACUAUUCUGCUUCACGAAAAUCCAGUUUGGACCUACAUCUAGCCAAACACACCGGUGACAAACCCUACAUGUGCGGGGAGUGUGGGUACAGGGCAGCUCGGAAAUCUACCUUAUCCAAACUUAUUAGAACUCAAACAGGGGAAAAGCCCUACAAAUGUGACCAGUGUAACUAUUCUGCUGCACGAAAAGACAGUUUGGACCUACAUCUAGCCAAACACAGUGGUAACAAACCCUACAUCUGUGGGGAGUGUGGGUUCAAGACAGCUAAGAAGUCUCAUUUAGCCGAACAUAUAAAAACACAUACUGGUGAAACACCCUACAAGUGUGACCAGUGUGACUAUUCUGCAGCUAGGAAAUCCAACUUGGACAGUCAUCUAGCAAAGCACUCUGGUGAUUAGCCCUACAUGUGUGGGGAGUGUGGGUACAGGGCAGCUCAGAAGUCUCACAUGUCCCAGCAUAUGAAAACGCACACAGGUGAAAAACCCUACAAGUGUGACCAGUGUGACUAUUCUGCUGCACAGAAAUCUACAUUGGACAACCAUUGUAAAACACACCGAUGAAAAACACUUAAGUCUCCAGACUACUACUACUGGUUCCGCUGUCGCCAUGGAGACACAUGGUAAAAAACAACAAUGUGACAGUACCACAACAUACUUAUGAUGCUCGGACACCGCUACUCCAAUCUGAGAAACAUGUUACACUAGAGAUUUUAAUACCAGUUAUGAUUUCA